UUUUUUUUUCAGAGCGAAACAAGCACGAACCUGGACAUUCGUGGUGAAGAGGAAAGUCGAUGGGCUCAAGCGAUCCGCAAUGGUCGUCGAAGAGAUUGCCGUCUUGCAGCGAAACUUCUUGGAAACAUGAUGACUGUGCUCCGAAGCCCAAGCGGAGCAUGGAGCUCAGGAGAAGAAGCGCAACAACUAUUCUGGCGAUUAGACGUCUGGGAAGAUGACAGUCGUCGACGUCGUAGAUUUGUCCCGAAUGUAUAUGGCUCAAAACAUGAAGAAGCGAGCAUUAUCACGGUGCCAGAGACCCAGGAGCUGAGUGAAGAGGAGAAAUUGAAAAUGUUGGCGAAUAGCAUUGCACCUGGUCGAGGCCAGUCGUCAGAGCUAGUUGAUGAAAGCGAUAUAGACAAGUGGGCUGCCGAAGUUGACCCUACGCCUAGCAGUGGUGGGUUUUUCAAAACUUUCCUUGAACAUAUUCCUUCCAUUUUUCGCCCAAUUUAG